GCCAGCACUCAACACUCAAAACUCUCAAGCACUCAACCAAGCAUUCACCAAAAGGAUAUUUUAAUAUUACUAAAAUGGAAUUUACGCAAUUUUAUACAUGGUUAAGCCUGGUGUUCACCAUUAUCAUUUGUAAGUUGUCGCAGUGCAGUGCCAAGCCCACUUUAUACGAUCUGGAUAGCUAUGAGCACAGCUACGAUCCCAGCUACGGUCAUAGAAGCUAUGACAGCGGCGGCAGUGGAAAUACCUAUGCUCUAACAUACGGCCAGCCAAUAACAGCACAACACUUGGAUAAGCUUGACACAGGCUAUUACUAUGUGGACAACGGGUAUAUUGCUCCCGUUCCCAGCAGUACCAGUAGCUCCAAUCAACGCAGUCUCAAUGCCUACAGCGGCGAUGUCCUAUCCGAUGGCUACAGGUUUGCACCAAUUGCCCGCUACAGGAGCACACGCACCAAGCGCAAGAAGCUCUUUGUGCCCAACUUCUUUGGCUAAGCACUCGGCACACCGAAACUGUCUAAGAAGUGUUAGACGAGAGUACAGACUGACGAUGAUGUUUGUUAUAUUAUACAAUUGUUUUAAUACCUUAUUUAAUACUAACUAGGCUAAGUAUUGUGAUUGACACACCAACAAGUACCUUAUUUGUAUUUUAAUAUUAUAAGCAAUAAAAAUAUUACACAAAUUCAGAAAU